UUCACUCUUUUUGAAUAUCGAAUAACGAUUCGACUGUUUUAACCCAGACUUUUUUCCAAAGAUGUUUUUAGGUCUUCGUCCCUCCAUCGUAGGAUAUGGCUCUUUAGGUCUUUCCAAACUAAACCAAUUCAUCACAAAACGUCUUGGUCAUGAAUAUGCCCCCAGAUUUAAACGUGUAAGAAAAGGUCACAAGGGCAGAGUGCCUGUUCGUACUGGAGGCUCAAUAAAGGGCUCUACAAUUGUCUUUGGCAGUUAUGGUUUGAGAUUGAAAUCAGAAGGUGUUAGAUUGUCUGCUAAACAACUCCAAGAAGCCGACGUUGUUAUAAUGAGAGCCAUGAGACCCAUCAGCGGCAAAUUGUACAAAAGAUUUGUUUGCAGUGUUCCUGUUUGUGUUAAAGGUAACGAAACUCGUAUGGGUAAAGGUAAAGGUGCAUUUGACCAUUGGGCCGCAAGAGUUCCAACUGGUAAAGUAUUGUUUGAAAUCGAUGCUCCAAAUUUACACGAAAGAGUCGCAAGAGAUACUCUUAGAAAAGCUGCUCAAAAACUAUCUGGUGUCUAUGAAACUGUCACUAAAACAGAUCUACCAAGAGUGAGUUUACAUCGUACAAUUCCAGUUCCUCCAAAGGAAAACGUCGUCUCUAAAAUGAUAGCAAACCCAUCAAAAGAACUCAAGAAUAUACUAGAAGGUAAAAAGCGCGAAUAUAAAUUGUACAGAGGUUGGUAAACCAUUUUUUAGUAUCCUUUUUCCUAUUUAUUUGUUUACUUACUUACUUACUUACUUACUUACUUACUUAUUAAUUGAUUCUUGUAUAAAUUUAUCCUGUAUUAAACCCUAUUUUUUUCAAGUAUAACCAUCGUUUUAGCUAAAAAUCCUUCUAAAUGAAAUAUAGCUUUUGAACCAAGAUUUAAUCUUUCAUUAAAUACACUUGCAGCAUCUACUAUUUGAAAUUUAACAUCGUCGUUUUCAAUUCUCUCAUUGCAAAUCAAAAAAAAUGCCAAUUUUUUCAAUA